UGGGUAGCUGCUGGUCACCCGUGCAUGCCAGCCGUAGGUCAAAUCGAUAGAUUUGCACGAGGAUCAAGCAAUUUUGACCGGGGUGCAAACUUGACAUUUGUCCCCCGGGCAUCUGCAGGCCAUUCAAACGUAGGCUAAAGUAUCUUCUGGCCGUGUACUAUAGAAGGUGCUUGUGGACGACAAGUGUUUGUUUGGGAGAGGGGUUCUGAUUCUCAUCAGCAUCAAGUUAGCGAAUCCAUACGGAGAGUAUGAAUAUCCGGCACCCCGAGCAACACGGUCAAAGUCAAUGACGGCAUUCCUGUCGAAUUUCACCCGAGAUGCUUGAUCACCGGCUGCAUGUCUGCUAAAGUGGAGGCGUGCUAUACUUAUCCUACCUCCCGACAUGUCGCAGCAAUUGGGAGCAUUUCAGGGUAUCCACUUAGUCUUGUGGCUGAUAAGGCGACUUCGAAGAUCGGCUGUACGACGCUCUUCAUGCAUACCAACUACUACAAUGCCUUCCGCUGCAAUAUGCGUGCAAAUGUUAUAUUCCGUGCGUAAUUUGUCAUGUUAGGCCCUCUCUUCUCGUACCUCACGUGUCGCGUGCAGUUCGACGCGACCCACAGAAUCAAACCGCUUGUUGAAGCUACCCCAUCCUGAUCACCUGGAGAGCCUUGAGCCUUGCCCUGCACAGGUGUACAAAUACCAUGCAUUCACAGAGGACGAGCACCCAUACUCGUGCACGUCAAUGGGUUGUGCCAUUCCACCUUCAGUCAUGACGGCCCCAAGUUCAUAUCGCUCACUCAGAUGGCAUGAGCCGAGCGCUAAUCGCCCUAUGAUGAUAUGCCGAGCAAGCCAGAAAUUUGGCAAGCGAACGUUCCAUUGCCAGCAUGUCUUGCAGGAUCUGCUGCCUCACAAUGUGGUGACUCAUUCAGACAGUAUAAUU